UCCGAGAAACAUCGAUUUUUGUUCCAGCUCUACAUACAAAAGUGCAUUGAAAAGGUUGAAAGAAAUAUGCGAGUUUUGUAAAUGUUAAACUAUCCGAUUAGUAUUAAUGGGGAAAUAGAGAAAAUAAAAUCGGAUUUCGGUUGUUUUCGUUCGUGAAAUGCCAACUUCUUUUGCUUGCUGGCGUUUCGAAUUGCGGGUGGGUGUGUGUGUGUUCCCCUUCUGAUUGGAGGAAAAUGAACGGACAACAACAACGGAUGAAGUGUGCAGAGUGCAGCAAUUAAGUUUAAUUAAGCCAAACAAUUGAAUGUAAAAAGUCUGAGCUGUUGCCCCCUGAAAAGUGCAUUUAUAAAGGCGAUAUCCCAUAUCCGCUGAAAAGUAAAGAACAGCCGACGAAAUGCCACCGUUGAAAACAUACCAGAUACACCACCACGAAUACAAUGGCAAUCCCAGUCCGAAUGCGAACGCCAAUCAGAAUGCCAAUCAGAGUCCCACCGCCGGCAGCGAUGGUGACUUCUUUGGCCAAAAUAUGGGAUUGGGAGCCACCUCAACGGCCAGCCAGCGCACAAAUCUUCCCUCCUACUGCAAUGCCCAGUACCCGUUCAAGGUGCUCUCGAAUCUCAACCAGCUGCGGGAACAGUCGCGAUUCUGCGAUGUGGAGAUCAUCGCCGGAAUGGCCACGUUGAGUGCCCACCGAGCGGUCCUGAGUGCAGCCAGUGCCUAUUUCGAGGCCAUGUUUCGGCCCGAACUCGGGUUGAACGAGGUCAAGCAAAAGUCCGUGGUGCUGCACACCAUCGACGGCGACAUUCUGAACAUCCUGCUCGAUUUCAUCUACACGGGUCGCUGCGAAAUCACCCAGUCCAAUGUCCAGGAACUCCUCGCUGCCGCCGACAUGUUGCAGCUGAACGAGGUGGUCGAUGGCUGUUGCGAGUUCCUCUGCCGGGAGCUGCACGCCUCCAAUGCAUUGGGCAUUUUACGCUUCGCAGAGGCCCACAACUGCGAGUCGUUGGCCAAGAGUGCACUGACCUUUGUCCACGCCAAUUUCCCAGCGAUAACGCUUGAGGAUGAGUUCCUAGAAACGCCACAGACUCUGUUGUCGCAGCUCCUGAACUCCGAAUUGCUUCGCGUGGACUCCGAGUCGCAGGUGUUCCAGGCGGCUCUUCGCUGGAUCAAACACGAUGUUACGCAGCGCCGUUGCUACGUAUUCGACAUCCUCUCCCACGUUCGCAUGGCCCUGGUACCCGUGAAAGUGAUUGAUAAGGCUCUGAAGGAUGAUUGCCGAGACAUGUCGGUGAAAAUCGCCUUGCGCUCCAUUUGCCGGGACAUUGCGUCGAAGCGCGGCCAGUUGGUACCACUGCGCGUCUGUCCCCGCCAGCUGGCUAAGAAGAACAUCUAUAUCAUUGGCGGAUCUCAUCGGGACACGCCGCGCACUUGGAACUCGGCUGAUUGCAUCUUCGAGACGGUGGCCAAGUUCGAUAUAUUCCGGCGCGAGUGGACGGAAACGGCACCCAUGGAAGUGGGACGCAUCUUGCCGGGCGUUUCGGCAUUGAAUGGCAAGAUCUACGUGGUUGGAGGCGAGCGUGGUUCACAGAUUCUGGCCAAUGGCGAGGUCUAUGAUCCGCAGAACGACGUUUGGCAACCGAUUGCCCCAAUGAUUGUGCCUCGAUGCGAGUUUGGUCUAUGCACAAUGGGCGGAAAUCUAUUUGCCGUUGGCGGUUGGAUUGGCGACGAUAUUGGUGGCUCUAUGGAAUGCUAUGAUCCGGAGCAGGAUCUCUGGAAGUUAAUGGGUAGCAUGCCGCAGCCUCGAUUCAGCAUGGGUGUCGUCAGUUUCGAGGGUCUCAUCUACAUCGUGGGUGGUUGCACAACAACAACACGUCAUCUUCCGGAUCUGAUUAGUUACAAUCCGGUGACCAAAGAGUGGACCGAGCUGGCCAGCAUGCAAACGGCCCGCUGCCAAAUGGGCGUGGCUGUUCUGGAUCGCUACUUGUAUGUGGUUGGCGGCAGCAGUAUUAGCCAGGACAUUCUCAGCUCUGUGGAACGCUACAGCUUUGAUGAGGACAAAUGGACGACCGUGUGUGCACUUAACGUGCCCAGAGCAAUUCCUGCCGUGGCUGCUGCCGAUGGGCUCCUUUACGUAGCUGGCGGUGAUCAGCCCUGUGAGGUAAACUUUUACCGAGCACAAGUGACCAUAAACGCUGUCGAAUGCUAUGAUCCGCUGUCGGACACCUGGAAAAAUUGCCCCGAUCUACCAGUUAGCCGUUCGGAGGCUGGGGCAGUGGUCGUUUAAGGCCGGUGGACUGGAUCGAGAUGGUCAAACACAAAAUCUUUCGUCGUUUUAAGCAUAACCCACACGUAAAACACUCUUUAACUGUAGCUCUAUGGCAUUGUAUACGUUACACACAUCACAAAUCUCUUCCCUUUUUUCGAUUUAAUUGAACGUAGUGGUCUCUCGCCAAAGAUAUGUAAGCGCGUUGUUACGGUUGAUGUUGUUUGUGGGAGCAUAGCACAGCUAUUCGCCAGUUAGUACAGAUGCUAAUAGUUAGCCACGAAGGAGACAGCCAGCCUCAGAUUGUUCCGUAGUUGAAGUUGUCCUUUAAAAAAGCGAAACCAAACACCGAAAAACUAAGCAUUCACCUUGAGAAAAAAGUAUAUUAACGUAUCGUAAUUGCUGAACAUUAUUUGAAUCGAUUUUUUUGUUUACUUUCAAAUCCUUUACUUUUAUUGUUGAAUGCGGAUUGGAGUGUUAGGAACAAUGAUUGCGGCGCCCGUGAGAAGAGCGUAUCUCCACAGAACUUUGUAAUUGUAUGGAUUGCGGGGGCGUUUUCUCAUCUUCAUGUCAGUAAAGUCAAAACUGGCUCAACAGCAUUGCAAUAUAUUCCCCUGAUUUAUACUUUUUUAACUCCUAUUAUACCAUAAUUCAACUUUAUUCCAAAACAAAUCUUUUGUUGUCAAUUUUUACAAAUAUUUCGUCGUAACUAAGACAACUUACCUUUAAGAUUUAAAUUUCCCCUCAUUUAACAAGAAUCUAUAGCCUGAAGUUGAGAAAAGGUCCUUACUGUACGAAGCAAAAUAAUACAAACAAUCAAAAAGCGAACUGUAUUCAUAAUAGGUGUAUUAUCGAAAUAAAUAUACGAAUUAUUAACUAACAACUUAAA